CAGGAGUAGAGACUGGAGAGGUGUUUUAACUAAGCUCAACAUGACACUUCUCCAACUACAACGAUUCAUGAAGCUCACCAUUGGCAAGUCUCCGCUGCCUAUUCCAAACAAGCGUUCCAGAUCAGGGCAAAAGAGCUUUCAGAGAAGAGCUAUGAAGAAAAAGAGAAUCAUACGAGCUCAGAGGUAACAAGUUAAAGAGAAACUUUUGCAACCCUGCAUUUGAUCUUGUUUUUGAAUUUGAGCUGAACCCCAACCCCACAAAUCCUGUUUUGCCUCCUGUCCUGUUUUCCAAUCCGUCAUCGUAGCGUGCCGCACCCGCCGCUGAUUUAUUACAUUUACUGGCAUACCUACUAUAACCGUCCCAGGAACAAUACUUUUACG